AUGACAACUAUGUUCAAUAGAAAUUUAAAUUUCUUAUUAACUAAUGUAUUGAUUAUUUACAAGAAUCCGUUAUCAGUAUUAAUACCUAAAUAUUUGGAAUUUCAUAUGAAAUGCAUUCAAACAAAACUAAUUGAGAUAUUAUAUGAAUUAUUAGUUAAAAGUUUAAUAUCACCUGAAUACUUGAUUGAGGAAAAAAAGAAUUCCUUCAAAAUUGGAAUUUUCAUCAAUAUUAUUAUUACUACUACUAGUAGUAUCACUAGAAGUUAUUCAUCGUUUAUUGGAUUAUAG